UCAUCUUUGUCGCCGUCCUAACUCCAAACUAAUCUCUCCUUGCGGCAAAAUAAUACUCCCACCUCCGGAAUUAUUUGUCGAAAAAUGAAUAAAAAUGGAUGUAUCUAGUAGAUACAUCCAUUCCUCGACAAGUAUUUUCGAACGAAGAGAGUAUUGUUGUUCGGUCUGCUUAUGUUGGGUUUUCAGCACAGGUAUUAAAGAUUCUUCGUGAGCUAUUGCAGUGUGUAGUUAAGAGAGACAUGGAUUGCUUUUACUAAACUUGUUCCAGAGAUUCAAUGCUAGCAUACUGUCUCUAUUAUUAUCUUUCUCCACAUACUACAGGUGGAACAUUCAGAAUAAUAUAUGAAUAUUUACUUAUUUAAGUCGCAUAUAUGUCUGCUAGGCUGAGUGCAAACUUUAUUGGAAGCCUCAAAAUGCCUCCAUGUAUGCAUGAUAUUUAAUUUUGUACUCCCUCUGUCCCAAAAUAGUGUCUCAAGCUUAGUACAAUUUUAUACUAGAGCUAGUACAAAGUUAAGCCACUUAUUUUGGGACGGAGGGAGUAUGAUAUUACUGUGACAUCUCCAACAAAUUUGUCUCAAACAGAGGCAAAUGGAACAUUGUCCUUGAGAAUUACUCCCUCCGUAAAGAAAUAUAAGAGUGUUUAGAUCACUACUAAAGAAAUACAGAGGGAGUAAUAUUUAUUGCAGUGACCAUAAGUGGUUUUUGACAGAGAUGAUAGACAACAUGGCCCUUUCCAGUUUUCACUAUAAAAUGUGGCAUAUACCAUGAGGUCAUCAUAUAGAUUAGUAGCUUUAGGUAGGAAAUGGGCGAUAUACCAGAAGUUCACCGUAUAGAUUGGUAGACUUAGAAAAUAUAAGCAUGUGUUUCACCAAUAGAUACCUAGGUGAUGUAAAUUUGAGUCACUGCCUCACGGCUGUGUGAAUCUCAUCCGUGGAAACUAUGAUCUAUGUUUGCAUGGUGACUAUAUAUCCUCGAUAUAGCAAUGAAAUGGAGGGCCAACCUUUGUCAAUUGCUCCCAGAUCAAUGGUUUCCGUUAUCUUUUGUUACUUGUUUCAAUGAUUGUGGUACUUGGUUAAAUGAUUUGAGUGAUUGUAAUACUUAUAAGAAAUGAUUGUAUUGUUUAGUAAUAACAGCACUGUGUUCCAAGAUUAUCCAAACCAAACAAAGCCCAAAUGAAAUCACUUAAAUAAGUGCUCAUAUAUCAUAUAUUCCAGGCUAGUACCUCACAACUUUACUGUGUUGAGGACAGCAGGUGGCCAACCAUGGUCAGCGUUCUCUAUCAGGAGGCAAAAAAACAGAACGGAGUGACAGUCGAGCUGGCCUGACAUGGUUCCUGAAAUGGUAAGAUAUUCAUGGUUGUCUUGUUGCUGAUUUUUUACACGGCAAGCUCUUCCUACUGAUUAUUAAUGCAUUUUGAUUUGUGUCUUGUAAAGUGGGUUCUGUUCUAUGAUUCCUGAUCCCUCUGUUCUGGACUUGCCGGAAAUGAUACCAUCACUAGGUGUCAAGGAGCAGUUUAUGUUUACACUUCUCUUGGUGAACCAUAUUUUUUUUAAUCAGCUACCAGCUUUACAUCUGGCAGAAGCCAAGUUCAAGGAAACAUGAUGAAUCUAAAUUCAGGCCUUCGCCGAUGUUGUCCCACGUUGGAAAAAAGUUACAAAUAUACUCUUUCAGCAGCACCACUGCUCUUAUAUCGCCAACAUUCUAGUUCCGCUAAGUCAUCGCCUCAUUCUCCAAGUAGCCAGACAAACCUUAUAUUAUACUGAUUUAUGUGGAUAUGAUGUUAAGUUUUUGCUGUCCAGAAAUAUCAUAUUUAGGGGAGGUAGUGUCCUAUAAACCUCUAAGAUUUGAAGAUUGAGCUCAGUAACAUUUGGGUGAUAUGUAAAAUUCAAUCUCAGAAUGAAUAUUUAUUUUUAACCGAUCAUUUCUAUUGCUCUUGCUGUUUAUCUUUUUCAUAUUUUCCAAAUGCAGUUCAGUUUGUUGUCGGAAUUUUACAAGUUUGUACAAUAUCAUCUCCCAUACAUAUGCCAUUUUCUUUUGAGAAACUAUUAUUAAUUCGACGCAUGGUUUCCGUGGAGAGGGUGUUGAAGUGUAUAUGUGGAUUGUCUAGCCCUUUCCAUCAGCUUGGAAUUUUGGUUGCGUUGGCUAGUGCAUGAAGCAUAACAGAGAUUUCACCGGAUAUUUACUCUAUGAACAGAAGAAGUCUGCGUCAAUCUAAACUCGGCCAGCUGGGUUAGUGAACAGCUGACCUGAUUGUCUGUACACCCUUUAGAGUUAAUCGCAUCCUAGUUUAUGCCCUUUGUCAUGGAGAAGUAGAGGCACAUAUGUCAACCACAAUAUCUCUUACCUUUAAUAGUCUCAGAAUAUGUUUUGCCUGUAGCAUUGCAUAUGCACAUUCCUUUCUUACUUGCUAUAUUUCAGUGUAGCAGGCAAAUAAUUUUGAUUAUGACAGUUAGAUGGGUAUAUUGUCUUUAAUAGCUUGAAAAUUCGUUUAGUAUAUUACCUGCACAAGAGAAAAUUUAAAACCGACCGUAAAACAACACAUAAUGAAAAAUUGUUAAUAAAUGUUCAGAAAACUUUCUACUAGUACGCAGCACAAUUUAAUCGUGUUCUUAGACAGAUAGACAAAUUUGCGAAUGCUAGAAUGAGUUGGUUUGAUUUUUUCAGUAGUUAUUAUUCUCCUAUCUAUAGAAGAGAUAUGCCACCACACUCGGUGAAAAGAAGAGGGUUCACCAAGACAAUGCGGUCUUGUAAACCUCACACCCAAAGAAUGAAAUUAGCCAGGUAACAGUGAAUACAAAAAGUUAGAUGGGUAUAUUGUCUUUAAUAGCUUGAAAAUUCAUUUAGUAUAUUAUCUGCACAAGAGAAAAUUUAAAAUCGGCAGUAAAACAACACAUAAUGAAAAAUUGUUAAUAAAUGUUCAGAAAACUUUCUACUAGUACGGAGCACAAUUUAAUCGUGUUCUUAGACAGAUAGACAAAUUUACAAAUGCUAGAAUGAGUUGGUUUGAUUUUCUCAGUAGUUAAUAUUCUCCUAUCUAUAGAAGAGAUAUGCCACCACACUCGGUGAAAAGAAGAGGGUUCACCAAGAUAAUGCGGUCUUGUAAACCUCACACCAAAGAAUGAAAUUAGCCAGGUAACAGUGAAUACAAAAAGGGUUCCAUACAAAAUCAAAUGGUCCUGAUCCAAGAUGAGCUCUUGAGCAGUUGGCAUAUAUCACAUCUGCCAUUCGAUGGACCUGAAAAGAUGCGUUGGAAGUUUGGAACAAUUUUUCAUUUUUAUGUAAGAGCUCCUUGGUUGAUUUUUAUUUUGUUGCACUUAAUUGAACUCUCUAGUGCAGGAUCCAAUCCUGCAGAAUACAAAUGUAAGUUUUAUGUGUAAGUUUUACUUAGUGCCCUUAUUCUCAUAGAUGUCAUCUCUCCUUGCUUCAGAUUUUAUGUGAUUGGCAAUAGGCUUGUUUUGGAAUAUGCAUUGCAAGGUGCACAUGCAACGAUUCUUGCAAUUGUUAGAGUAGUGAGGUGAUGGUUUUGCCACCUCUUGCUCUGUGAUCAGAUUUGUUCUCUGCGGCUAUUGUUUGCUAUGCAUCUUGUGGCAUGAUUCGCCAAGAUAAGAACUUUACUGACACUAACCAUUUAAGCCAAUACCUGUCGUUUUAAUAUGCUGUUCGAGGUUAAGAUUCUCUUAUCACUAUCCUGUAGAGAUACCAAAAAGUCAUUAUCACCGCUCCAAUUAUGCAUUAUUCCUCUUCCUUUUCAGCACUUAUCUAAAGUAGUGGAUGGGACCAAACAAAUACACAACUAUAACCCAAAAACCAUGGGUGUAGCUACUGGAAAGGUUUAUCCAUCCUUUUCUGUAUGAAGUGGAAUAAAGGGAGAAUUUCCUGCCCACCAUGCAUCUUCCUUUUUAUCAUCCAGUUUUUGGUUUCAGUGUGAAAGCAUGGUGAUGACACUGUUUCUCUUCUUCCUUUUCGAUAGGAUGCCUGUUUCGUCCAUUUGCUGGUUACACCUCACACCCAAUUUUUGCUGUUAGCCUUUCCUGACAUUGUUUUAGGAAUGUGAGAUGUGGAGAAAAGGAGCCGAUAGUUGAGCUUCUUUGGAUCAUCAGAUGAUGGAUCUAUCUGAGCUGUCAAGCUUUAAUGAUCUUACAUCUUUUUCUUGCAUCAGAGAUGCUUGUAGAUGUUUUUACAAUCAAUUUUUUUUAAUUGCAGGAAGUAUACAGCUCUAAGUGAUUGGACAUCAAGAUAUAUACACAUACCCAUCUCAGUUCUCUCUGUCUGCUUGUACUGACAUAUAAGGCCAACUAUGGAUUACUCAAAUUUGCGUCGCCAAAUUACCUUCAUGAAGAAAAGUUUCUUUGAUCAGGGUUACCUUGAUGAACAGUUUCAUCAGCUGGAAGAACUGCAGGACGAAUCAAGCCCCAAUUUUGUUGAGGAAGUUGUGGUUUUGUUUCUGAAAGAUUCGCCGAGAUUGUUGUCAAACAUAGAACAAACAAUUGGGAAGUACCCUCAGGAUUUCUACCGGUUAGAUUCUCUUGUGCACCAGCUCAAAGGCAGCGGAUCCAGCAUUGGAGCAGUGAGGAUGAAGAACGAGUGCUCGGUGUUUAAGGCACACUGCAAUGACAGGAAUCUGGAAGGAUGCCGCAGGUCACUGCAGAAGAUGAAGAGGGAGCAUGCCACUCUGAAGCAGAAGCUGGAGUCAUAUUUUCAGUUGCUGCGGCAAGUCGGGCCUCGCGAGCAUGCCGUCAACUCAAGGAACUAAGAGGAUAGCAUAUGGAAUGCAGUUCCAAGGGAAAUAAGGGACGAGCUACCUCUGUCCCUUGGGAGUUUUUAUCAUCCAUAAUUUUUGCUUGCUUUUUACCUGGGCUCUUUUGUUGUUCAUGGGUGGUCUAGUUCUUUGCUGUGUGAAGUUUGCUAUGGGGAAUGCCAUGAUGUAAUCGAACUCUGAGUAGCUGUGCCCCAAAUGUAAUGAUACUAAUAUGAGUUGUGCCAUACUGCCAUACUGGAGUCUCUUCUCGUGUGAAUACUACAAAUCAUUGCAGCUGGCCUGCAAACUCA